CAACAUAUGUAGAAUCUGCAAUAAUAAAAUAUAAUGGAUAAAAAGAAGAGUUGGAAAAGAGAUGCAGAUAGGGGGGCCGUAUUUGGAGAUUUAGGGAGGCUCAAUUUUGAUGCCAGAGUAGAUAAAAAUAUGUUGGGAGCUGUAAAUUUUGUGUGGUGUGUGUGAAAUACACAAAGAGAGAGAGAGAAAGAGAGAGAGAGAGAGUCCAAAACUAUACUAGCUAGCAAUCACCCUAAAGCAGGCAAAUAUUUGGAUCUUUACUACAACAUUAAAUUCACCAAAUCCUCUUUGAAGCAUUUAUAUCUCUUCUAUUAUUGUACUACAAAUUAUUCCUCAAGAUCUGCCAAAAAUCCCAACUAAAAACAGUUAUCUUGCAUUCAUUUCCUGCUGCACCUUUGAUCAAAUGGAGGUUCAGUUGCAAAGGAGCUAUCUUGAAUAUACUAAUGCCUUGUUUCGUGAGGGAUUCUUGGACAGUCAGUUUGUUCAGCUGCAGAUGCUUCGAGAUGAGAGCAAUCCUGAUUUUGUGGUGGAAGUGGUGACCCUUUUCUUUGAGGAUUCUCAAAGAAUUCUCAAUGAACUCUCCAAGACCUUGGAUGAACAGAAUGUUGACUUUAAGAAGAUUGAUGCUAAUGUUCACCAACUGAAAGGUAGCAGCUCAAGUAUUGGGGCUCAGAGAGUGAGAAAUGCUUGCAUUGCCUUCCGCACCUUCUGCGACGCGCAGAAUGUUGAAUCGUGCCUUAGAUGCUUGCAGCAAGUUAAGCAAGAGUACUUGCUAGUCAAGAACAAGCUCGAAGCUCUGCUAAGGUUGGAGCAGCAGAUUGUGGCGGCCGGCGGUGUGGUCCCCACGUUGAACGACUGCUCCUGAGGCGAACGGGCCGGGCAUCGGGUGUUAGUAGUGAUGAUGUGUUGGUGGAGAAACUUUGUGUGAGUUUUUUGGUGGCAUCAGUUAAGUUUGGCUGAGAUUAAGGUUGUGCAAGCUUUUGAGGUUUCCACUUGUAUGAAAAUUGGCUGUUUUUUUUUUCAAAGUGGAAACUCCUGUCUUAAAUAAUGCAUUUUCAGGCCAUCAAAAAUGUUGCUCACAUAAUGCAAUAGACAAUUUCUCACAGCAUUUUCAUAGUAAACAACUCUUGAUAUUUCUGUAAGAAGAUGGCCUCUUUGUUGA